GCUCGGUUCGUGGCAAACUCGGCAGCAGCUGCGGCGGGUGGGCCGCCCAGGAUCUUACUUAGCCCUUUGGCCUGCUGCUUCUGCCAACUUAACAGUGAUAACGAGGCUGCCGGCCAGACAGUCAGCUUGCACUGAGACUCUGAAUGUGUCUCAAACACACGGUGUGAGUUCAACCCCCUCCAUUUCUAAGAAGGCCUCCCUCGCUGUGAGUCCGAUUAAGGAGCGAGAAAGGAACGGGAGGGGUGUGGAACGGACAGUGAUGGCCGCGUGGUGCGUGCUGUGCUCUCUGCUCGGCGCUUCGCUUCCAAAUAAAGAAUUCAUAGAAGAAUCAUUCAAAAAGGCGUUGCAAGGCUGGGAGAAGGACACCAGCGCGAAGCUGACGGCUGAGCUGGAGACAGCAUCCUCUGGCAAAAAGGGGGACAGCCUGUCGGCCUUCCUGAGCCUCCUGAUAAAGCUUCUCAGCGAGCAGCAAGAAGUUAAGGUUUCCAAGGAAGAGCAAGAUGCAAAUCCGCAGAAAAACGAGAGCUUUAAGACCGAGAGGAGAGAAGCCAAAGGGGAACGGGAAGCACGGCGGGAGUCCAGCGAGCUCACUACAGAGUUGCCAGAAUACAGGUAUAACGGCAAACUUGGCAAACUCGGCAAACUCGGCGUGGCCAUACCUGUGAUUAUAGGGGCGAUAACUUUCAUUGUGAUUUUCUGUUUCAUUGCGAUUUAUUGCCAUAGAACAUCGUCAAAGGACAGUAAAGAAGGAAGCUCAAGGGGCCUUUUCUCAACUCUCUGGCCUACGGGAUGCCCCCCGGAACACACAAUAAAGAAGGAUGUUUCCUCCGGGAGGCGGCCGCUCUGGCUCAGGGACCUGUACAGACCGUGCAGUGGGAGGUGCAUAGAAGACAUGGCACAGAAGCUGCAUGACAAGGACUCCUCCGCUGAGGAUGAGCUGUACUACCAGAUGUUGCGUGGUGAGUUUGCGGUGUUAAGGGUCGCUGCCACAGACUCGGCUGCGUGACAGACCAGCGUGAACCACCACCGCACAGGACACCGCCACCGAGUGAACUGCAUCCUCAGGCUACCUGCAAAAUCUUAUUUAACUGUGUGUACGAUAAAUUGUGUUUGUUUUUGUUUUUUCAGUUCACUGUCUUAUGAUCAUUCUUCUAGAUUUAUUGAGGUAUCACUGACAAAGAAUAAAAACUUUAAAAUCCACUUUUAAAAAGAGUGUGGGAAGAACCAGCUUCCCACAGCAGAACCCAGGAGAACACCAGCUAUUCCA